AUGGCGUCGAGGCACACUGCGCCGUCGGCACCGGGAGACGUGCCUUCGGGAGUACCUGCUUCUCCUCUCGAGCAUCCGGCGCCUCGAAAGGGGGGUCCAGCUCCGAUACCAAUUCCAUCGUCAACGCCACAGGACACUAUAGCAGAACCCAUUAGGAGUGUUUCGACGGACCUGUUGCCGGCGCCCAUUGUGUCGCCAGCUGAUCCACUUGCUUCGUUUCCGAAGCAAGCCGAUGUUAUCCCGUCGGCUAAUAUGGCAUACAUGCGAGAAUCGUCCUCUUUCAAGCCAACGGCUCAACAAACACCGCCAUUCGCCCAUAGAGCCACGUCGACACAAGCGGCACAGCCGACCAACGCAAUACCGCCCCCAAGAACAUCGCAGCCAGCGCAGCCUUUCUACUCGCCACAGGCGCUACCACAAUCGCCGAAUCAACUGCCACAACUACCGUCGAAAUCUCAAUCAGCCGCUCCUUCACAGCUUCCGACGCAAGCACCUACAACAUCAUCUGUCACAACCCCUUCCUCAACGUCGUCAUCGUCAAACCAACCAGGGGCCUCUUCAUGGCCAGCAAGCUCGGGCGCUGGUAAGCGGCCAAGUACGAAUCCAGCUGUAUUGCCGAUCCCGAAUGCCAACUCGUGGCAAACACCCUCAUCACCAGUCAGCGCAUCGAGCGCGAACGGGUUUCCAAAAUUGCCUACGACAGCUACCCAGUCAUCUGUCGGGAAUCCAAGCAUCAAUAUGUCGCCUCCCCAUAUACCCAACUACAUUGAUCUUUCAUCUUUAUCGCCUUUCCAAUACGCGCCCUCGACGUCACCACGCUUAGGAACCUCUGGUAUCAAAAACCACAAUUAUUACUCACCAAGAGAUGCACUGCGUCCUAUGCUAUCACCUAAUGAUGCCGCCAUGCGAUCUGUGGCAGAGAAUAGUCACUCUACGGCCAUGUCGCCAGCAACCUGUGCAAGCCAAGUGCAGGAGCUGCAUUCACGACUGCAUAGUGCUGGAAUGCCAAAUACGCCAAUGAGUGAAUCGCUCUCGGCAUCUGUGAUGAACCGCGCCAACACGUCGGCGAAUGUAUCUGAGUUUCUCUCGAAUCCGGCGAUCGAAAGCAGCGAUGAUGAAGCUGAUGACGAUGUUGAUGAUGAUGGCAACAUGGAAGCGGACGGCGCCGAAGAGACUCAGCUUGAAUCGCCAGACCUGCCAGAUGUAUCACAUGUGAAUCGUGCUGCGCCCACGUUGGAUCCGCCACGUAGCGUGCCGUUUCGCCUGCCCAUUACGGCCGGUGCUCUCUUCCGCGAAACACUCGUCGUCGCGAUGCAGGACAAGCUUCGUGUUCUUGUUGUGCGUCGCGGCGCAUUUUUCUGCAAAGAGGUGCCUGACACAAGCACUGAGGUCAUUGUGUCACAGUCCGCUGAGCACUACGCCCUGUUGGGCAGCCCGUCCAACAUGUCGCCGACAUCUCGCGAUCUGCGAGCAACAACGCUUGCAUUCUGCCCGCCUGUACAGCUGGGAAAUGAGCUGGCCGUUGACGGCCGUGUCGUUUGGUAUGGUACACCAGCCGGCCACAUUGGCGAACUUGACACGCAGACCGGCAGAAUCACCGCAGUCCGUUUGAACGUACACAAAUCACCAAUCUGUCACAUCGCACGCAUAGGCAAGGCGAUGGUGUGUGUGGAUGAAAGCGGCAAGAUCUCGACAUGGCUUCCGCGCUCGUCUCCGCUGCACCUGUUGUCCACUAUGCCCGAGACUAUACGCAUCACGAUCCCGAAGCACUCGUAUCUGUCUGUGGAGGGCAACUUGCUCUGGCUUUGCAGCACGGUUGUGACGUCAUCGAAAACUGCUCCGAAAACUUCUUCGCACAAGGAGCUACACGUCCGAUGCUACAGCCCCAUUUCCGACACGCGCUCGUUUAAUGUUAUGUCGAGGCCUGGGCAUUGGCCUAUGUAUGGGCCAAAUCGUUUAGGUGCUGUCACCUGCUCAGCCAUGUUGCCAACGAUGCCGGGGCUCGUCUACUUCGGCCAUGAUUCUGGUCACGUCAGCAUUUGGAACGAGCAGGGGCAGCGAGUGGAUCAGAUGCUUGUGUCGACAGAACCUGUUGUGUCAAUGGUCGGUGUGCUGAACUGCAUAUGGUCAGGUUUAUCCAGUGGUCGCAUCAUUGUGCACAUCCACAAUACAGGUCAGGCUCGGAUGGUCAAACUCUGGCAUGGUCAUCGUGAUGCGGUGUUUUCCCUCCUUUUCAAUCCGUACGGCUUGCAGACCGAUGCGCCUGAGUUGAUGGUAUGCAGUCUGAGUGGAGACAACUAUGCGACGUUCUGGGAUGCGACACUCUCAAGGGAAUGGAUCGACGCCGAUGUAUGUACGAAAGCUGAUCAAUUUGCGUCAUACACCAACAUCAGGAUCCUCACAACCACCUUCAACCUCGGUGCUGCCUCGCCUGAUGAUCUGUUUGGCAUGGUCGACAACAUGGACCUAUUUCAGCGCAUUCUCCGCUCGUCUUACGCGUCAACGAUGUUGCCUGAUGGCUCAACUACUCAGAUGCCACCAGAUGUAAUCGUGUUUGCGCUGCAAGAACUCAUUGACUUGGAAGACAAGCGCCUUACUGCCAAGCAUCUGCUCUUGGGCAGCAACAAGUCGCGCCGCAGCGGUAGCAGUAGCGGAAACAACACGGGCGCGAGUGGCAGUAACAAAGAUGUGGGCAUCGAUGAGCGUGAGCGGUUACCGAGCCGUUACCGAGCCUGGCUCGACAAGCUUGUUGGUUAUGUGCGCCUUGUGAUGCCGCCCGAGUCGCCAUUUAGUGUGUUGUUGACGGAGAAUUUGCUGGGCUUGUUUACGUGCAUCAUUGUACGCGCAGACUUGUUGCCGAGGAUCCGUCUUGCGUGUAGCUAUACGGUCAAGACGGGCCUAGGUGGACGCUAUGGGAAUAAGGGCGCAUUAAUCUCGCGGUUCGUCAUCGACGACUCGAGUCUUUGCUUCAUUAACUGCCAUUUGGCUGCUGGACAGCGUAACGUGCGUCAGCGCAACAUGGACUUGGCUGGAAUCCUACAGUCACCAUGCCCAGCGCCACCCGCGCAGUAUGACCCGGCUUUUGUCUCGGGGGGCGAUGGUUCGAUGGUGAUGGACCAUGAGAUCUGUCUGCUCGCCGGUGACCUGAACUACCGUCUAGACUUGAGUCGCGAUGCUGCUCUCUCGCUCAUUGAACAAAAACGAUUCAAUGAUUUGAUUGCUGCAGAUCAGCUUCUUCUUGAGAUUCGCAUGAAUCCCAUGUCUCGCCUGCGUGACUUCCACGAGGCCCCGAUUUGCUUUGCGCCUACGUACAAGUUCAAUCGAUUGACGAAUGACUACGACUCGUCUGAAAAAGCUCGCGUCCCUGCCUACUGCGACCGGAUUUUGUUUCGUUCAAACCCACCGAACAUCGUCCAGUGCACAUCGUACAAGCGCUGGGAUGCGACAGUGUCUGACCACAGACCUGUCUCAGCCACAUUUUCUGCACGGCUCAAGUCGAUUGACCCCGCUGUUCGUGAGCAGGUGACUGACAAGUCAAAAACCGAGUUCCUUCAGUACCGACAACAGCUCUUGCAUUCUACAUACCGAUACUUUCAAUGUAUAUAA